GUGCCUGGUUGGGUCAGCCCUGGACGCGUUACCGUACUCAUGGCUGUGUGGACCUUUGGGGGCCGCCUUGGCCUGCGCCGGCGUCUCGGCGGGUGCAGGCUGCUGUGUUCCCGUUUCCAGAGCUUUGGCCCUCAGGGUGGGGAAGACGGGGACAGACCGCAGCCAUCCUCGAAGGCAGCCAAGGUCCCCAAGAUUUACACCAAGACAGGAGACAAAGGGCUUUCCAGCACCUUCACGGGAGAAAGAAGACCUAAAGACGAUCAAGUAUUUGAAGCUUUGGGGACCACGGAUGAACUAAGCUCGGCUAUUGGGUUUGCCAUGGAGUUGAUCACAGAAAAAGGCCACACGUUUGCCGAAGAACUUCAGAAGAUCCAGUGCACUCUGCAGGACGUCGGCUCCGCCCUGGCCACUCCACAUUCCUCAGCCAGGGAGGCUCACUUAAAGCACACGGCUUUCCAGGAAGAGCCUAUCUUGGAGCUGGAACAGUGGAUUGACAAGUACACCAGCCAGCUCCCCCCACUCACGGCUUUCAUUCUCCCUUCUGGAGGCAAGAGCAGUUCUGCCCUGCACUUCUGUCGGGCUGUGUGCCGCCGGGCUGAACGACGCGUGGUGCCCCUUGUCCAGAUGGGAGAAACGGACGCAAAUGUGGCAAAGUUCUUGAACAGACUCAGCGAUUACCUUUUCACGGUAGCCAGGUAUGCAGCCAUGAAGGAGGGCAGCCAGGAGAAAAUAUACAAGAAGCGUGAUGAGUGAGGCGUGAAGACAUGGUGGGCCAGUGGUCAGCUCCAGACAGUCAUGCUGAGAGCGGAAGCAGGCAUGAGCUACAGACCCAGCAUCGCCUGCCUUGUGCCCAGCCCCCUGCCCUCAGGGACCUCUGAGACUCCUGGCUUAUCACUUCAACUGAGUUCCAAACGGCAGGAAGCAAGGUGCACUGGAGGCUACAAAGGGGACGGCGGGCCACUUGGAUUUGAGAAUGAACGUGG